AUGGCUGCUGCUGCUGCUGCUGCCGUUCCAUUGGUGCCACCACACAUCUCGUUCCCCUUGGACCUCUCAUCUCCCCAAAAUCCUAAUAAGCUCACCCUUUUCUUCCCUCGCCUCCAUCGCUCUACCAAAUCCCAACCGACUCUCCGCUGUCAUAGGCCUCUCUCGUCCUCUUGUGGCCUCAGACUCACUCCACAUUCUCCGGCGUCGGAGCAGCCCACCUUUGCCGUGCCUCAGACCUUGCUUCGGCUUGCCGCCUCUGCCGCCCUCUUCUUUGGGCUUGGGCUUUGCUGUUGGGCCGCUUCGGCCCAAUGUCCGCCUCUUCCUCUCGGCGACCCUGGGGCGGUCCUAGAGGAGGAGCACCCAGCUCAAGCCACAGAUGAUGGUGAUGAGGGUAAAUCUGGCAAUUUGGAAAAGUCAGAAUAUAGCAAGUUGGAAGCAGCAUUUGGAGCUUGGAAGUCUAAGACAUAUGCUUUGACUGUACCUUUGAGAAUUGCUGCUCUGCGUGGCUCUGUUCCACCUUCAUGGGUUAAGGAUUUCAUGCAAUCUCAAGGAAAAAGAUCAAAGGUUCACUUGAAGUCCCAUGGAAGUCUUGAUGGCAUCUUUUCUGAUCUGUCAAUGGCCUUUAGCAAAGGCAAAGUUGGGCCUUCAUCUAUUGUAGCAGCUGACCUCGUUAGUGUUGGGGAUUCUUGGCUCAGUUAUGCCAUUAACAAGGCUUUAAUUGAACCCAUUCAAGGGGUAGAAGACCAGGACUGGUUUAAAGGAUUGAGUGACAGAUGGAAAGUAUAUCUCCGCAGGAACUCUGAGGGGAGAAUUGAUCCUGAUGGUAAAGUAUGGGCUGCUCCAUAUCGCUGGGGCUGCAUGGUGAUAGCAUACAAAAAAACUAAAUUCCGAAAGCAUAAGUUGGCUCCUGUAGAGGACUGGGCAGAUUUAUGGCGACCUGAACUUGCAGGAAAGAUUUCAAUGGUUGAUUCUCCUAGAGAGGUUAUUGGUGCAGUUUUGAAGUACAUGGGAGCAUCAUACAACACAAAAGACAUUCAUUUGCAAGUUGAUGGUGGGAGAGAUGCUGUCAGGCAAAAUCUUGCUUUACUUGUAAAACAGGUCCGACUAUUUGACAGUGUACACUAUUUAAAAGCGUUUGGGGUUGGAGAUGUGUGGAUGGCUGUUGGGUGGAGCAGUGAUGUUCUUCCUGUUGCCAAACGCAUGUCUAAUGUUGCAGUAAUUGUUCCCAAAUCAGGAGCUAGUAUAUGGGCUGAUCUAUGGGAGGUAGUCCCCGGAGCAUCCCCAUCUGCUCUUGAUAGUGCUCCGCCCGAAGUUUUGAAUGAGCUCAUCAAGGGAAAGCCAAGACUAGACACAAACCUCGUUGCAGGAGUACCUCCACCUCAGAUUUUGGCAAGGUGUGAAUUUUUGGAGCCAUUAUCAGAUUCUACUCUGUCGGACUAUCAAUGGUUGAUCGCUGGUAUGCAGAAAAAUAGGGAUGGUUUAAUCGCUAGUAUGCAUUCUUACAUGUCAUCAUUGAUUCAAAUUUUUUGGCUGAAGCUGAAUUCAAAGCCAGCAUAA